AUGGCUAUCAAGUUAGACAUGACUAAAACUUACGAUAGACCUGAAUGGCAUUUUAUUAGAGACAUGAUGACAAGAAUGGGGUUCUAUGAUAAAUGGGUAAGCUGGAUAUCAAGAUGCUUGGAGACUGUCUCUUACUCUUUCAACUGCAAUGGGGAAGUCAAAGGCUUUGUAAAGCCAGGAAGAGGAAUAAGGCAAGGAGAUCCCUUCUCACCUUACCUGUUUUUGAUCUGCUCAGAAGGCUUCUCAAAUCUACUCCAAAGAUCAGCAGAAAGCAAAAAUCCGAAAGGCCUGAAGAUCAGUAGACAAGGCCUCAGAACAGCUAAUCAAUCUGGAGAAAUCAUCAGUGUUUUUAGCAAAAAUUUGACAUGUAGACAGAAACAGGAGAUUUGCAGUGCUUUAGGAGAAAUGGCAGAAGUGAAGCAAGGGAAAUAUCUUGGUCUUCCUAUGGUUAUUUCAAGAACAAAGGAGCAGAUUUUUGGCUACAUAAGAGAUAAGAUAAAGAGGAGGCUGGAAAGUUGGAAGAAUAAAUUGCUAAGCCUUGCUGGAAAGGAAGUUAUGAUCAAAGCAGUCACAAUGGCUAUGCCAACCUAUGUUAUGUCUUGUUUCAAACUGCCUAGGAAACUCCUCAAGGAUAUCAACUCAGCUAUGGCCAACUAUUGGUGGGGGGAAAAAGAAUGGCAAAAACAAAAUGCACUGGAUAUCUUGGAGGAGAAUGGCUCAGGAUCGACAGGAAGGUGGCUUAGGAUUUAA